AGCCAAUGUAUUUAGUGGCUUUUCAUUGAGCCUCCAUAGCUUUAGUUUUUUUUUUUUUGCCUUCUUCCAUCGCGGCUGAGGAGCAUGACAGAUCAAUCGACGAAGGCUGCCGGACGCUUUGCAAGCGCUGCAAGCGUUGCAAGCGCUGCAAGCACAAGCUACAAGGAUGAUCACGUGAGCAAAGACUCGCCAGCGAAGACGCACAAGGACGGCGAUCAGGUCCGGGGCCACCGCCAUCGAAAGAGCCUGCCCAACUUCCAGUGCCGAGCAGAGGAGUUGUUGAAAAAGAAGAUGGAGGAGCUCUAUGUUCUCAUCCCCAAGAUGGUCGACUUGUUUGAGGGAAUCGAUGAUACGAAGACGGAACUCCUGGUCGACCAGUUGGUUGAGAUGGUGGAGGUCUCCACCGACCUGCUCUUGACCGAGAGCAUGAAGAAUUAUGGGCAGCUCCAAUGCAUUAAGUUGCAAGUAGAUGCCUUGGUCGACUCCCUCGCCUGGCUCAAAGAGGAGCUUGAUCUUCUCGUGACCUCAUUCGAGAGUUGCCUUAAAGGGCGAAAGAUCCGCGUCAGCGAUGAUGAGUUCAAGGAAAUGGUGGACCUUGUCGACUUAGACCACUUGCUUGCGCAGGUGGAAAAGCACCAACGCCGUCAGGUGGUGGAGAAGGUGGUCAAAGUGCCCCCGCUGGAAAGCACCACCCACACGGCCACUCGAGAGGUGGAGACUGAGCCGCGGCGACAGGUGAACGUCGAGAGCAUCGAGCAGGUCACCGAUGUAAAUGUGAAGCCGAUUGAAGUGGUGCAGGUUCGCAUCCACGAGGCAGCCCAAAGCCAAGCAGCGGCUGUGCUGGUGAUUGGUCGCCUUCCCGAUCACUUCCGGCCGAGGGCGCCGCCAGCAGCACGUGCAGUUGGGCUGUUGGAUGAGGUGCCACACAGCCAGGCCGACCCCCAAUCAGCCACAGUUCCCUCGGUCCACCAAGCAGCGCUUUGAGAGCCUGCAAAAAAUUGGACAAACGGGAUGGCCGCUUGCGAGAGCAUGGGCGAAAACGUGCAGCCCAAAGCAGGGGUUCUUAAGGUGGAGGAAAGAAUCGGCUGCCUGACGCUGCAGGAUUCUUGGACCUCUGAGGUCCAAGAAUCAUGGUGAAAUCGUUUCUUAUCGUGAAAUCCUUUGUUUGCAAAGGAGCGCACGCUUGGGCGGGGCUGCGAGUUCCAUGGCCUUGUUCGAUGGGUUCCCAACCUUCGGCCGGUGACCAGCCAACGGUCCGGUCGCCGGUCGCCGGUCGGGUAGGGGUUUGUACUGCG